CCUCUGAGCCGAGAGCGCGUGUCUAGUCAGUGCUGAUUCCCGGGCUCUGGAGGCGGCGGCGGCGGCACGCUUUCCUUCUCCCGUUGAGGUGUAUUCCCCCCCGCCCGGCGGCGUUGCCAUGAGCUCGGAGCGGUCGGCGCCGGCCGGUUCCCCCGCUCCGCCGUGCUCGGAGCCGGAGGGAGGGGCGGCCGAUUACCGGGACUGGGUGAGGCGCAGUUACCUGGAGCUGGUCUCCUCCAACCACCACUCGGUGCAGGCUCUCUCCUGGAGGAAGCUCUACCUGAGCCGGGCCAAACUCAAAGCAUCGAGCCGGACAUCGGCUCUACUGUCCGGCUUCGCCAUGGUUGCCAUGGUUGAAGUACAGCUGGAGAUGAAGUACAGUUAUCCCAAGUUCCUGCUCAUUGCCUUCAGCGCCUGCACAACAGUGCUGGUUGCUGUCCACCUCUUUGCCCUCCUGAUCAGCACUUGCAUCCUCCCUAACGUGGAAGCAGUCAGUAAUAUCCACAAUCUCAACUCUGUCAACGAGUCGCCCCACGAGCGCAUGCACUACUACAUCGAACUAGCUUGGGGUUUCUCGACUGCGCUCGGCAUCCUACUUUUCCUCACAGAAGUGGUCCUGCUUUGCUGGAUCAAGUUCCUACCGGUAGGCAAACCUGCAAAGAAUGACAAAAAUCCUGAUUCAGUCCAGCCAGCAGAAGGGCACACUGGGUGGAAUGCAGCUUUGGCAUCCACUAUUAUCAUGGUGCCUGUGGGCCUUAUUUUUGUGAUUUUCACCAUACACUUUUACCGUUCACUGGUAGGGCACAAAACUGAGCGUCACAAUCAGGAAAUUGAAGAGCUGCAUAAGCUGAAAGUACAGCUGGAUGGUCAUGACCGGGUCUUGCAAAUGGUUUGACAAAGUAGCAAUUGCAAAAAAAAAGUUUUACUCAACUAUCCUGGGAUUCUGGGCUUCAGCAGCCAAUAUGAUCUCAGUUGCAAAUGCCAUGUGGGCUCUCCUGUUUAUUCAGGAAUCCAGGUUUACAGCUGUGGCUUUUAAUUGUCUUUGUGGUUACAGUACUUGCUGCAUUGUCUCGAGGAAAAAUAUCAAGGCUUAUGCAUCUCUUUCCCUUUGUCACAGAGUUGAGAUGUAAACUGGAAUUCUAAGCUUAUCCAAAAAUGUUUCAGGCUGCACAGAUGCCGUGCCAGCUGUUGAGGAACUGAGAUUUGAGCAAAAAGGAUGCUGAUUGAAGAAAAGCUUAAUUCCUUACAGGGCUUAAAACUCUAGAGGAACUAUUCCAGAUUAAAAUGAAUAACCAGAUGUAGACCGAUCCCAAUUUUUCUCCAGUCCACCAUUUUGUUUUUACACCACAGGAGUGAACAUGAGUCCGGAAUCUGGCGUACUGAAAGAGUAAUGGAUUAGACAGCAAUGAAAAGCUGUAACUGAACAGAAGAUCCAAGGAUAUGUGGUGUUAUGGAAUGAUGUUUGGCAUGUUUCUGGAAUGUCUUGGAUUUUUACAGUGGAUUCUUCCCCUCCCUACCCUACACUGAAAUUCUUAAAAGCAGUUUUAUAAAGAGGAAACCUGCUUUCUUUUGUUGGGUCCCUGCAGGUCUAAAUAAUAUCCAAUGCUGCCCCCGACUGGUCAUGAGGAGUAUUAUAAUCCGGUGGGGCUACCCAAUGGACCCCUGCUUUGCAGCAUGGAUAAAUACUGUCAGGAGCUCAGUGGAGUGGAGGUUCAACCUGUUCCCCUCUACUCCAUAGCAACACAUACUGAUGCUCCAAUGCGAUGUGCCACUGUGCCUCCAUAUUAUUAACGAUAAGCUAUUAAAAUCCUGAUGUGGAUAAUCUUAUUUAACCCGAUGCCCUAGAUCCUGAUCUAUACAUUGUUGUCCAGGAUAUUGAACUGUUCUGAUCUUGGCAGGCAGUGUCAUCGUUGAUGUGGAUUGAAAUGGAGACCUCUUCUCUGUUCAACUCUUGACAUAAAGGGGAACUACUCAUGCAAAAAGAGGGAGAAAUAUUUCCUGGUGUAAUUUUAAAAUAUCAGAUGGAUUUGUGCCAUCUGAACACUGCUUACUUGAUUUAUAUAGUGCUCACUUCUCCCCAGCUCCCUUUUAACCAUGAUGCCAUGCUCUGGUGAGCCUGGGCCCUUCACCUUAUUUCGUUAAAGUUUCAAGAUUUUGAUGCUUGAGUCUUAAUAACAGAGCAGCCAAUUGUCAUAAUGCUAACUGCUAAUUAGCUAAAUUUUAGGAACUACUUAAAAUAUCAGUUGCAAGAAACAAUGUGACAUUUUCUUGUUUUGGCAUUGGAGCAAAUCUGGAGUGAUUAUAACUGAGUCAACCUCAAUUAUGAUUAUAGUGCUACCACCAGAUGAAGAAGGAUGCAAGGACUCCCCUUUUAUCCCCCAUUCCUCAGUUGAUCAUAACAGGGUUUUUAAUUUAUAAGGAUGAAUGUGUCAAUUCAGUGUAUGUACUGAACUAUUUAUGUGCUGAUUGCAAAGAACUCUGUCCAACAGGCUUUCUUGAGUUUAAACAUGUAAGGGGUUAGGCUUUAUUAUGCUAAAAACCCACCCAGGCAAAGAUAUUAAAAUGUCUAAAAGGUAAACAAACAUUCAGACUAUUGCAACACAUGCACACACACACAUAUCUACUCAAGCAUGCAAAAAUACAAGUUACAAAGUAGACAAGGUUAACUUUUGGCAAAAUUAAGAUUCAACAAGAAAAGGCAAGUAAAUAAAGAGUUCACUGAUUCUAAAUUACUUAUGCUGUUGUUCAUGGCUGGGCAAUUCUUAAGCUGUCGUCCUUGUUUUUUUUCCUGGAAACAGUGCUUUGGAAUUUGAAGUUGGCUUUACAAUUUCUCGAUCUGCUGUCCAUGCUAUGAUAUAAGCAGGCAGGGUUCAAGAUAUUUGAGAGCGAGGAGAGGCAGAGUGCCUUUGGCUGCUGAUGUCAUCUGCUAUCAGGUGUUACUUUUUCCAGAGUGCUGGAAAGCAAGCAGGGUUUUGUGAAAAAAAAACAGGCAGUUCAAUAGGGUGAUCCCAAUCACAUGACUUCUCCCUCCAUAACUAUUGCGUAUUCCACAGAAGGAAAUUGACUGGCUCAUGUCUGGACAGACCUUGGCUAUUGUUUUAUGGCCUAAGUGAUUAAUUUUUAAUGUCCAGGUGAUCACUUCUGAAUGACCUAUUCUUCCAUGUAAUAAGCUAGGAAGAACAUAUCAACAUCUCCAAUGUGACUCUUGUCUCUGUUGUCUCUGCCUCCAGCCUGAUGUAAAUGGAAUGUAGCCAUUUUAAGUUUCAGACCAUCUCUGAAAUAAUCCUUUAUAUCAGCAGUUGUGAAAUUUCACAGGAGGACUGCCUGCUCAUGUCCUAAUUGUAAUCCACUUUGGAAACUCCGGAAACUUGACCCACUUGCAGUUGCAGACAAUGUCAGAUGACCACUGGCAGCCAUUUUAAGUCAGUGUUUUUGUUUUUACAGUUGAAACUGUCCUUUUUAAAAAGUUCCAUUGGUGAGCCAGCGGAUGAAAUUGAAAUUUAAUAUUUGACAUCAAAUCACCUAAGAAUGGAAAAAAAAUCCAAUGUUCCCCAUUUUGGACCCUACCUGUAUUUACCCACCUUAGGGGCGAUUAUGAAAAUUGGUGGCUUUUUAUGGCUGAUUUGGUUUUAAUGGUUGAGCCUGACAUGGACUCGGGCUGAAUGGCCUCCAUCUGUGUCAUGAUGACUCUAUGAUUUGUGCAUGCUGUUCUGUUGAAAGAUCCAGCACCCAAUCUUAUUAACGUGUUUAAUUUCUGAUGAAAAAUAAUUUCUGGAUGGUGGGGAGGAGGAGAAAGUUUAUCUGUGAUUUCUUGGAGAUAUUGAUAGGUGAAGAGGAAAUUAGGUUGCUGCAUCCAUGUUCCUUAAUCAGGGGUUUGGGGAGAUGGGAAUCAGUCACUUUCGAGUGUAAAAUUGCACACAUCAAACAAGAGACCAAUCUUUGCAUGUUUGCUGUUUACUUGUGCAGCUUUUACACGCUUAACUACAAUGGUGGCCUUUUUACUGAAAUCAGUGACCUACAACUGCUUCUAUAUGCAAUUAUUGGUGUUUUUUUUAAAACAUUAUUGUGGUCUGAUUUGAUCCUUGGAUCAGACAGUGUUAAGUCUUAAGCUUCCUAUGUGCAGUAUAUGCCAACCUUUUAUGUUUCAUAUGUGAACACUUAAUUGUCUUAAUCUUUAUGAAGUCAAAAACCGCUGUGACUUGGGUCCAAGAGGAGUGUAGCGUGCAGUUUGGUACCCUGUGCUUCAUUGCAAAGCUUAUAGUUACUGUAACUUGCAAGAGAGGCAACAGUUGGUAUAUUGCUUUUUUUCAAUUUUAUAAACCAAAUUCCUGGACAAAAAAAGUUGUCGUUUUUUUUUCCAAAAAUAAUUCUUCUCUGGUACAUUGACUAGUAUUUCCUGCUUGCACGCCAUGUAUUUACUUUGUAUGUGGUACCAUUUAUUGUUUUGCUACAUUGGUGGUUGCAUGGAGAUUUGUCCUGUAGCUGUUGGAGAAGUGAAAGUUACAUUUGAAAUAAAGUAUUACAAAAUAGAUUUUGUAACAUCA